ACAUACUCUUGCUAUUGUGCUGUGAUACUUGCCUCGUCGCGUAAAUGCUCCUUAGACGUUCAGUGCUAGUACUUGCAAGCUGUGCCCUCACGGGAGGGGUAGUUCAUGUGGAUGGUGAUGCAGUGCACAACCGCACCUCCCCCCGAUCCGCCUCCCAACCAAAUGACGAGGGCCUCGUUGUCAAGCCGCGGCGACCGGUGAGCGAGGUCGUCGCGGAGACAACGUCGCUCCGCGGCUGGUGGGACGCAGAGCACACGCAACAGUCGGUCGCUGUCUACCGGUCAUCAAACCUCGACACAUUUGCUGCGCGGCCGGCACGCUUUGCGGUUGUCAUCGUGGGACUGUUGCGCACGUGGGGGUACUCGCUACCGUCCCUGGAGCGGUGCGUGCUCACGCCUAACGCUCCUGUCGACGUCUUCGCCCGGCUCUCUGUUGACCUUGACGUUGACUACGACGUGAUAAAAAAAACAUUGGCGACCAUCCAGCGACGAGAAGUAGUUGUUGCGCACUUCAAUCUCCCGACACUUUCCGCCAUCGCGAGCGAAAUUGGUGCACCGUGCACCAGCCAGAAGCGGGAAUGCGUUCCCUCUAAUGUCGCACGGCAUAAAUCAGCAGAGAGCAAAGGCAUCCUCAACAAUUACAGGUCGCGCUUCCUGGCGUUCGCAGCACUCGAGGCGCACGCGCAGCGGCGGAACCAGACAUACGACGCCGUCGUCCUCACUCGGCCUGACAUCGCCUUUCCGCACGAGCCACUCUUCCUCAACCUUGUGGCAAACCAGCAUCCACAUCUCUUAAUUCCGGCCUCCAUCGACGUCCCGCUCAACGACCAGUUUGCUCUUGGCUCACAGGUGGCGCUUCGCCACUACGCAUCUGCCUACGCACACUGCUCAUGGUGGCCAAGCAAACCAGGCAUCACCAUCCUCACGCAUCCGUGCGGAUUUCGUCAGGCAGGGCUCAGGAAGGCCAUAAAAUCGCACCUUGAGCCUGAACGCCCUGAGGCACUCCGCCGGUUUUGGUUCGAGUAUUACAUACUCCGGGAGACCCAGCUACGAAGCUACAAGCAAGCCCCAGACACCUGGACCAAAGCCCAUAACCCGAUUGUGUGCCGCGGCGAGCUAAGCUGGAGAAUGCCCACGGCGUCGGCGGCAUCGCUUGUCAAUCUCAACACGACGUGCUCCUGCGACCCCGCAAGUUUACCUGGAGUCAAACGCCGGAGAGGCAUCGUAAUGCAGUCAGAGGUGCUUUUUCGGUAUUGCAACUACGACGGUGUGGAUUACUGCCAUCCGAGUCGCGCAUGUAAGUUUAGUAUAUGA